AAACUGCCUACGUCACCACAGCGCAAGCUUGAGUGACGUACUACGCAAGUUUCAGAUCCUGGCCUGGGGAAGGAAGCGCAGCGGGCUCCUGGGUUUGCGGCUCAAAGCGGAAAAUAACUGGAAUAUUAAAAUAUUCCCUUGUGUCUGCCCAGAGAAGGAAUACAGCGUAUUUGUCUUGACGCGGACCUUCUUGAAUAUCUCUGAGAGUAUCUGGUGUCGUGGGAUCUAUUUGAAUGCCCAGCACACAAUUAACACGAAUAUCACCAUGAACAGGAAUAAGCGUGAGAAAGAGUAUUACAGUAUAGACGUCGGGGAUUCCACAUUCACCGUUCUGAAGCGCUACCAGAAUUUAAGACCCAUCGGCUCUGGAGCACAAGGCAUCGUCUGCUCGGCGUAUGACCACAUCUUGGAGAGAAAUGUCGCUAUUAAGAAACUCAGUCGACCCUUUCAGAACCAGACCCAUGCCAAACGGGCGUACAGAGAGCUGGUGCUCAUGAAGUGCGUCAACCACAAGAAUAUCAUUGGACUCCUAAAUGUAUUCACGCCACAGAAAACACUUGAAGAAUUUCAAGACGUUUACCUGGUCAUGGAGCUGAUGGAUGCUAACCUGUGCCAGGUGAUUCAGAUGGAGUUGGACCACGAGCGACUCUCCUAUCUGCUUUACCAGAUGCUCUGUGGCAUCAAGCAUCUGCAUGCAGCUGGCAUUAUACACAGGGACCUGAAGCCAAGCAACAUUGUGGUGAAGUCAGACUGCACGUUGAAGAUCCUGGAUUUUGGCUUGGCUCGCACAGCUGCCACUGGGCUCCUCAUGACCCCCUACGUGGUGACACGCUACUACCGUGCACCAGAGGUCAUACUAGGCAUGGGUUACCAGGCCAAUGUGGAUAUUUGGGCUGUGGGCUGCAUAAUGGCAGAAAUGGUUCGCCACAAAAUCCUUUUCCCAGGAAGGGAUUAUAUUGACCAGUGGAAUAAGGUGAUCGAGCAGCUGGGCACGCCGUCUCAGGAGUUCAUGAUGAAGCUGAACCAGUCUGUAAGGACCUACGUGGAGAACAGACCCCGAUACGCAGGGUACAGUUUUGAGAAGCUUUUCCCAGAUGUUCUCUUCCCUGCUGACUCUGACCACAACAAACUCAAAGCGAGCCAGGCUCGAGACCUUCUGUCCAAAAUGCUGGUUAUAGAUGCAUCCAAGCGGAUCUCUGUGGACGAGGCCCUGCAGCAUCCCUACAUCAAUGUGUGGUAUGAUCCCAGUGAAGUUGAAGCGCCUCCACCGUUGAUCACAGACAAGCAGCUGGAUGAGAGGGAACACACUGUGGAGGAGUGGAAAGAGCUGAUAUAUAAAGAGGUGCUGGACUGGGAGGAACGCUCGAAAAAUGGUGUAAUCCGCGGACAACCGGCUUCAGUAGGUGCAGCAGUGACCAGCGGCUCCCAGCACAGCUCCACGUCCUCCUCGUCCUCCGUGUCCACCGUCCUCGCGCUGUCCUCAGAGACAGAAAGCAGCUUGGAGACUUUGUUCUCCUCUUCCUCCACCGGGCCAGUCGGCUGCUGCAGUUGACCAUCACCCCAUCCUUCUCACCUCCGUGACCUUCCUCCAUCCGUUUUCAGACUGACUUCGUUUCUUUUCGGUCAGGGGAAAAAGUCAGAGUAAGGUGGGAGUUUUUAAAAGGCACCUUAAGAAGCUUUUACACCAAACCAGCGUUACUUUGGUCGCUUUUUUUUUUUGUGGGUUGGGGGGGGGAACGACUUGAUUUAGUGUCAGACUGAAACUACCGCUGCAUCUCCUCAAUGCCAUGUUGUUCAUUUGUAACGGUUGUACGGUAAAUUUAUAUUUGAAGAUGCUUUGAAUUUCAAGAUUGCUGUGAGCCAAGUUUAUGGCAGUUUAGCAGAAUGGCACAUUGUGUUAAAGACUCAGCUCUGUCAUUCUGUUACUGUUUUAGAGUUAAAUACAAUGCAUCUUGAAUGAAUUUCCAGAAUAUUUGUUUAAUAAGCAAAUAUUACUUCAGAGUCUUUCUCGCAUGACUUAAUGCUGAGAUCAGGUCAUAGCGCAUUUAUUCGGUUCUUUCACUAUUUUACAAAAAAAAAAUUAUUUAUAAUAGGCAUUUUAACAUACUUAUUUUGUCCUCUCUUUUUUGGUUGAUUUUGCUACAGGACUUUAUAGAUUAAAUACAUCCAUACUGUACAGGUUUUGAGGUUAAAAUCUAAACAGCAGUAAAGGGUAAAUUAAAGGUUAUAUUAUUAUUAUUAUUAUUAUUAUUAUUAUUAAUUUUUUUGGUCUUUAGUGCUUUGUACCGCUUGGCCCUGGAAUGUUGCAAGGCUCUUGUAAGGUGAACAGUUUGAUGUAGAACAUUUGUGAAACCCUAUUUACAGUAUAGGUCAUGUCUCUAAAUGGCACAGUGCAUUCUGGGUAUUCUGUGCCUGCUAGAAUGUGUCAUUUGGACACUAUCUAUUGCAGGGCAUUACAGGACUUUGUGAGUGCACGGGGUAUUUUCCAGUAAGCUUUUAGUUAUGACUCGAAAUACAGGAAAUACGGCGUUAUUUCAGUGGAAUGUAUGAAUAGCAGUAUAGAUAAGAAAGUAAGUUAUGAUUUGAAAUUAUAUACGUACGUAUAUAAUUGAAUUAUAUACGUAUAUUCUACGUAUAUACGUAGUGACGUAUUCUGUAAGAUUAUAAAAAGCUGUCUCACUCAGAUAUUUUGUUGGUAACGCUUUACAUUAAGUGUCCAUUUAGUGACAUUAUUUAAUACACAUUACUAUGAACAAACCAUAAACUCCAGCAUUAAUAAUCCAAUUAACGUUAACAAUCGAAGUAAUAACACUUGUAUUAAUUGAUGCUAUCUUUUAAAUAAUAAACCAAAUAUUCAACACGUCCAUUAAUCAAUGUUCUACCAUCACUCAGUAAACUAAAGCCUACAGUGAUGUGGGCAACAUGAACAUCACCUUAACGAACAUGUGGUUGUUACCUGGGAGAUUCAGAACGCAGGCUGAAAAGAAAGUUGUAAUAUUUACACCUGAACACCAGCGUUCAGUAAGUUCUGAACAUUUAGCUGUAAGUGUUAACAUUCUGCAGAAGUUUAUGGUUUGUUAAUGUUGAUUAAAGCUGUAAAUAAUGUUAGUUAAGGGAACCUUAAUGAAAAGUGUUGCCUUACUAUUAUUAUUAUUAUUUCAUUUUUGUAUAGGUGAAUGUUUUUUUUUUUUUCUUUUUUUUUCUUUUCCUAAAAUUCAGCACAACUCAAUAACCUUGAAUAACCAGCUUUUAUUGCCCUUCGAGUAAUUACAUACCAGAUUAAUGUAAUCGGCAGAUCUGUGACUAGACUUGUAUGCCUGCCUGUUGAUGCAAUGCAACCAAACAAAGCAAGUCAAUGCUAAAUCCUAAACCUGUAUGCAAUAGCGGUUUCCUUUUGGACUUGUUUUCAUGUUCCUUAUGAAAGUGCCUGUGUCAUUCAUUCUCAAACAGCUCAUAAAACAUGAAACUUCUUGGAAAUUCCAGAGCAGAUCACAGUUGGUAUGAUGUAUGGAGUGUCUAUUUUUUAUUUUUAUUUUUUAAUGGAUAUGAUCGAUUCGAAGACUGUUGGAGUGAUAGUGUGUCAGGUGUACCAUGAUUAACGUGACAGCCUUUGAUUUCAGUAGGAUAGUUUUAGCAAGCAGGAUGUAUAAAAGUAGUUAAAUUGUAAAUGUUCGUGGAUGAUAAUUGUACAGUGUUUGGAGCUCAAAGUUUGAAGAAAAGCUAACGUUGAUGUGGUGGUGAUGGUCUUUGACAUGGUGUUAUAGAAUGUAAAACGUCACGUUAUUGAGGGUUUAUGUAUGUGGUGACUGGCAGGAAGCUGAAUUGGAGAUAAUGCUGAAUGGCCGGCCAACAAAUUUUAUGACUCUUUAAUCAUGUUACAGCACAGGUUUCUACACGUUUGCAGUUAGCUUUUCGUUCUUUGUUGUAUUUUUGUUCUAAGUGCUCUUAUUUCUUUGGCCUUCUUUCUGAAGGCAGCAUCUGAUGAAUUUUUUGAUGAAAUUUCAUCUUUUGAUGAAUUUGCUUUUCUUUUACUUCUUCAAAUGUGAUAGCGCAGUUACAAUUCUAUCACAUUACAAUGACAUUAUAAUUCUAAUUAAAGUACACAUUGAUCAACUACCUCACUCCAAAUUUCUACAACUUCUUGGAUAUUUAGCUGCCCAUUAGGUGUCCAGGAUGUGUUAAUACAAAUUCCAUUAUUUAUUUAUUUGAACGUUUGUCAAUAGUAAAAAAAAACGUCUAGUUUUGUACAGUAUGUAUAUUUCACGUAGAAGUAAAAGGACUGUAAUGUAAAUUUUUGUUCUUUUUUUUUUUUCUUUUCUUUUUUUUUUUUUUUUUUUUUUCCUUUUUUUUUUUUUUAAACAGUUCAUGUGCAAUACCCUCUGCUCUGUGUGCUUACUUGUAAGUGUAUCUAGCUACAGUAUGUUAGCUGUAUGUUCCCAAAGGUAGAGAAAUGUUAGGUACUGUCAAUUCAGUUCAGUUUAAUUCAGCUAAAAUGCAAUGCUAAAUUCAUGAAUUUGGAUCUUUAUUUUUAAUUAAGUUCUCUGUGACAAGUUAAUUUGUGUCACAAAAACUGAUGAUCUGGAACUAGACAGAGGUGUAUGAUUUACAUGGCCAAUGGAUCAUUCUAGUAAGGCUGAAAGACAAAAAAAAAAAUCCCUAAAAGCCUACUUGUGUAAGCUGGUCUGUAAUCUUUGCUAGCAAUACUGGCAAUGCAAAAUCCUUACUCUGUGUGCUCCUUCCUGCAUACAGACUAUCAGAAGUGCACUACUAGAAUAAAUGCACUGGGAUCUCACCAAGCCAAUGUUAAAACAUGUACUGCAAAUAAAUACUUCUGUUGGAA